AUGGAAUGCAAAACAAAAGUCAGGACCGAUAAGAAAUUCUCAGACUUUAAUAGUGUCGCAAUCUGCGCAGAAUCAUGUGAACAAAGAUUUGUGAAUGCACCAGCGUAUCCUUAUCGUUUGUUUACAGGCCACGUUUUGUUGCGGCUGACGCGCCAAACGACACGACAUCGACAUGUGUGCAUUUUUUUCCCGCCCAAGGAGGACGCGGGCGCGAGGUUAUACACCCAUUAUUACGUCCUUCCUACUUUCAAUUAUUAUUAUCAGGCGGCGCCGCACCCGCGACGGGGAGGAGAAGAGAGGCGCAGCUGCUGCCUACCAAUAAUCAAGACCUGUCUUUGGGAGAAAGAGACAGAGAUGCUGGCCGUCAAAGUAAAAUAA